UGAGUGUUGAGUAGCGUUAGCUCACCACCGCUCUCACAUAAUCCCCCGAGUCAAUAUAACAAUUUUCCUUCUGCAACGUUAGGCGUGUCUCUUUUAUUAACAGUAAAAUAGACAUUUAGAAGUUCUGUUUCUGGUGUGCCUCGUGAACAUUUUCAUGCUGGCCAAUUUCAACUGAUCUGUCAUUGAGUUGUAGGAAUUAGUUCACAAACUGAGCUUAUCAUGGAGACGGAAAUACACGUGCCUGUUGGGUCACCGGCAAUAAGAAAAUUUCCAAUAUUUGUCGACGAACAUAAUGUUAUCGAUGGGGCUAUGAAGUUAAUAAAAGAGCUGCGACCAGCUUGGGACGCCAAGCUCGUAAGGACCAAGCUGUUCACGGAUGGCACAACCAACAAGCUGGUGGGCUGCUACACAGACGAGGAGCCCGAGGACACGGUGCUGGUGCGCGUCUAUGGCAACCGCACGGAGCUCAUCGUGGACCGAGACAACGAGCUGCGCAGCUUCCAGGUGCUGCACGCCAACGGCUGCGCGCCGCGCCUCUACUGCUCCUUCCAGAACGGCAUCUGCUACGAGUUCAUGCAGGGAGAUGCCCUGGGCACGCAGGACGUACGCGACCCCACCAUCUCCAGACUCAUAGCCAGCGAGAUGGCACGCAUCCAUGCCAUCCACGCCCACAACGGCUGUAUACCCAAACCCAACCUCUGGAUCAAGAUGCGCAAGUACUUCUCCCUAGUGGCCACAGAGUUCACCGCAGAGGCCUCCAACAGCAGAAUCCAGGAGGAGGUGCCCAGUCAGGAGGUGCUGGAGGAGGAGAUGAGCUGGAUGAAGGAGCACCUCUCGCAGCUGGGCUCCCCGGUGGUGCUCUGCCACAACGACCUACUCUGCAAAAACAUCAUCCACAAUCCCAAAGAGGGCCAUGUCCGGUUCAUAGAUUAUGAAUAUUCCAGUUAUAAUUACCAGGCGUUUGACAUUGGCAACCACUUCAACGAAUUUGCUGGCAUGAGCGAGCCGGAUUUCGGCCUGUACCCGAGCCGGGCCAUGCAGCUGGAGUGGCUCCACACGUACUUGCAACACUACAAGCUGUACACCAAGAAGGGAGAGGAAGUUAGCCAGCGGGAGCUGGAGACGCUCUACGUGCAAGUCAACAAGUUUGCCCUGGCCUCCCAUUUCUUCUGGGGCUUCUGGGCCCUCAUCCAGGCCAAAUACUCCACCAUCAGCUUCGACUUCCUGGGGUACGCGGUGCUGCGCUUCAAUCAGUACUUCAAGACGAAGCCGGCAGUCAUGGCCCUGGCCAUCCCUGAGUGAGGUCAGCCCAGACCAGACCAGCCUGCUGGGAAGAGGACCGAGGGAGGAGAAGGGAUGUCUGUCACACUCCAGAGAGCGCACACUGGCUACCAGCCAGGCCAUGGGGACCCGGGGUGGGGGGGUAGGACUGUAGGAACAUACUGCAGGCACUGCAGGCGGCAAAAAGCGUUAAAGGUGCACUGUGUAAGAUGGUGGCCAGAGUAGGUAUUGCAAUUAUGCUGCUCAUUUAAACUGUGCUGCCUAUUUACUAGUAUGCUAAAGUACAGUACGUUUUGCAGAUUAAAAAUUCUGUUUCUGGAAAUUCAAAAUGGCAGACAUGGAGAGGAUCCACCUUUUCUUGUAUGAAAAAUGCCGUUUUCCCGAACAUAAUGAAUAGUUAGAAUAUGAUGGUGGUGUUAAGUAUUCAUGACAAAUGUGACAUUUAUAAUAGAGUAGCAUGAAUUCUGGAAAUAUACUGCUAAAAAUAUCACACAGUGCACCUUUAAAGAAGCUGAUGAAUCCCGCUGGACUGAACAGACCAAACCCGGCAAAACAUUCAUAAUAAACAAUAUUGCAUUUUAUUUAGAAGCAGCUUUCAAAACACUCAAGGACACUAUACAAAGAUAAGCAGUAGUUAAAGAAAACACAUUCAUAUUUCCAUGUGUUCAAGACACAGUCAACCUAUUCAACCAACCUAUGUUUGAUCAAGGAAAGCAACCAACCCAAGCUCUAGGUUAUGAAAAUAUACCAGUCUGUUGGUUGCCGACAAACCACGUCAGCGCUCAUUUACAUAUUGUUAACUGAAGUUCAACUGCUCUUUUGAUGCCAAAAACAUUGUUGGCGCUUUUUCCACUUCUCAGACUUGUUCUUCUAUUUGAAGUCAAUUGCUUCCACCGCCUUUUGCAGCCUUUGUCACGAGCAGCAGUGUGUUCCUACAGUUAAGGGAGUAUGUUUGUGGAGGGGGAGGGGGAGGGGGGUGGUCUGCAGUUUAAUGCUAAUGCUCUGGUAGGCAGUGCUCCAUCCUACUCUGUCCUCUGCGCUUCAGUCCUAGCGUCCGUGACAUGUCCAAUGCAGUUCAUUUCAAGUUCAUCUUUUCGUCCUCUUUUUCCAUUUCUCGCUUCUCUCAGAAGCCCUCUCUUCCACCCCCUCAUCUUUGCAAGUCUUCCUUCUGAAUUCCCUCUCGUUCUGAUUGAUCCAGAACCUUACUGCGAAUUUGGUGUGUGUGCGCGUACAAAUGAGUAUGCUUGUGUGUUGUAUCCAGUGGACCAUCUCUUAAAUUAUUUACUCCAUAACAAAGCUACUAAACCCAGUCUUAAACACAUGCAUACUCCAUAAGUUGGGCAUUCCCACGCGUGCUUGUGUGGGCCUGUAUGCUUCUGGGCAGCUUUCUCUGCAGUGGUCGAGAGCAGUGUAUGCGCGUGUGUGUGUGUGUGUGUGU